CCCCCUUGGACUGAGCACAAUAGCCCUCAAACAUGUCAGCGCCCACUCGGCCGAACUUAUUGAUGAUUGUCAGCUCGGCAGUUGAAGGUGUGUCUGCCCAGUCGUUUGUCCAAGCAUACAAUUUGGCGUUUCCUACAUUCACCAUACAGUUGGCUUCUCCAAAUGGUCGUCAGAUUGAAUAUGUUCAUCAAGAUGACUCCAACAGACGCUGGUUUAAUGAAUUCAGAUCCAAAGCCAACUCCAUGCCCAUUCCCCUUGAAUCAGUUGAUGCCAACAGAUACUCAGCCAUGUUGAUACCGGCAGCCCCAGGUGCUCUCCAUGACUUGUUCUCCAGUAAAGACCUAGCUCAGAUUGUCGUCCAUUUUGUCAAAGAAAAAAAAGCUAUCUGUGCUGUUGGGGACGGAGUGGCAGGUCUGUGUGGUGCCAGGCUCCAAAACAACAAGGAAUGGUGCUUCCAAGACUACAGCCUCACAGCGACAUCACUUAACGAGGCUGCAAGGGAGUCACUUUUCACCUCCCUGCCAGUUCUUUUAGAGGAUUUUAUCAAAGAUCAUGGAGGCAAUUAUAAUCGUAGCAGGGCUGAUGCAAUUCAUGUUGUGAUAGACCGGCAUGUAAUAACAGGUCAGAACAUACAAUCAACACUCACAGCAGUGCAGAACCUCAUUCUCAUGUGCUCCCAGAAGUAGUGUCUCGGCAGAAGUGUCGGGUUGAGGAGUGGGGACCGGGUACAGCAUUAUACAAUCAAGGGUGUAUGCAGUUCAUGGGAAGUCUUUUUUUGUUUUGUUGUUAAAUACAGAUAGAUUGCAUAUAA